GCGGCGGUGGUGACCAAAAUCAGCGUGGAGAACACGCGCAGCCAGUGCGUCGCGCACUACGGGAGGGGCCCUGGCUCGACCAAGGUGUUCAAAUGGGGCCCGAACACAGGCUACACGAAGGAGACGUCCGAGAAGGCCGCCAAGCAGUGGAUCGAGAAUCGGCUGCGCGUCGGCUGA